ACCACAAAGGAGUUUCAUUAUAUAUAGCUAGCUAUAUAUAUAUAUAUUUAUCCUUAAGCAUCUCUAAGGGAAAAAGAAUGGGAAUAAAUGCUCAAGUUCUGAUUACCUUUGGCACCAUCAUAUGUUUUGCUUCAACCUCAUAUACUUACCAAGGGACUGCCAGCUUCUACAAGCCUCCUUACUUUCCCUCUGCAUGUAAUGGAUAUAGAGAUGAUGGUAUUUUUAUAGCCGGAGCAAGUGAUGCUCUAUGGAAAAAUGGGGCAGCAUGUGGGAAAGAUUACUUGGUGUACUGUACUGGUGCCACAAACCAAGCACCACAACCUUGUACAUCCAACGAUGUUGUGGUCAGAAUUGUUGAUUAUUGUCCCAAAGGAUGCCGCGGAACUAUUAAUCUUUCAGAAGAUGCUUUCUCUAUGAUUGCUAAUCUCAGUGCUGGAGUAAUUAAGGUUGACUAUGCAGAGUACUACAGAAAGUGGCCGUAAGAAUUACGAUCGAAGGACUAUUAAUGGCAAAUUAUGAUUAUACUGAAAUCACGAUGGCGAUCAUUUUCUUGCCUUUGAUGAUACCGAAUAUAGCGUGCAGAUGGCCAAGAAGCUUGGCUAAUUCUCAGCAUUUUUAUCUUUCUUUUCUGUGUUCUGCUGGUUGGAAUAUUGGACUUCCUAUGUAUGUUAGGCGCUCUUUUGCUUUUAAAGGAUUUGUAAAUAAUUAAUGCUAGAAACUAUAUAUAUAUUUUUAUCCUACAA